CAUGCAUCACGCCCUGGGGCUGAACAGACGCAGGUAACUACAGGAACAAAAUACUUCAGAGCCGAACCACUUCCACUUCGCCAACUCAACUACAUUUCUGCAUAAGAGCACGCAAUGGCGGCCAGUGCCCGGAUGUUUGCUGUGUUUACGGUGCUCACUGCUGUCGUGAUUGUCAUCACGGCUUGGCAGUUUUCCACGAUCCAGGCCAUUAACCAACGAUUAAAGGUCUGGUACCAGUACGUUACAGACCGAAGGGAUGCUCUGAAACUUCGCCUGAAUGAGCCUCCAGUUAAACCCUGUCUCCUCAAUCAAACUCUUUUCAACCAGACCACGUGUCCAAAAUACACGCAAGUUGUCGUCCUAAACAGAGACCACCUGUAUCACCAAGGAGAUGUUCUUACCGUAAGGGUGGUGGCAAGAUACGAAGAAGGAAGGCCGAAGACGUAUGGAGGGGACUUUUUCCGUGCUAGACUCAUCAGUAGUGACCGUUCACCGCAGGCCAGUAGCACCGGUCACGUCACUGACCACUGUAACGGCACCUACACUGUGCAGUUCCCGCUCUACUGGGCCGGCAACGUUUCGAUAAAGAUCCAGCUUGUCCAUCCCAGCGAGGCAGUGAAGGUUCUACAGAGAGUGCGAGAAGUUCCAAACAAGCGAGCCUUCUCCUGCAGCUUCGUCGAUGUAAAAACGAAAGCUACCAAUACAACACAGUGUUUCAGCUCAGUUAACACCAGCCUACCGCCCAAACAGCAGUGCGAUUUCUCAAAGCCGGAGGUGAACGGGACUUGGAUUUGUGAGAAACCGGACAAACUUCCGUGUUCCGCCAUCUCAAAGUGCCGAUGGGACCCGGGUAAGAGCAGGGCGAAGGUGCUGGGACUUGUAUCUGGAGAGGAAGAGAAACUUUUACAGAAAUCUUAUCUUGAGGAGGAACUUGAAGUAGACACUAAGGAGCCCAUACAUGUCCUCGAAGCAGAACCGCCAACACUUCCACACCUUCCAGCGUGUACGUGGGACAAGUCUGCAGCUUUGGGACAUUGGUCAGGCAAGAUCUGGAUGUCUUCCGUCUGCAAUGUUCGAGUGUUCGCUAAGAAAGCCAUUCAGCAGUGCCUGGCUAACAAGACUGUGUACAUGCAAGGUGACUCCACGCUUAGACAAUGGAGUCAGCGUUUGCAGAAGAUUGUACCGCUGAACUACAAUAAGAGUACCAUGGAUUCUACAGCUCUUCGAGGAGGAGACAACACCCAGUGGAACAUCUCUGUUCGCUAUCAGUUUCACCACUUCCCCGUACAGGGAGGAGCUUGGAUUACCUUUUCUGACUUCCGUUACGUUGUUGAUGGGCUGGACGCCACUCGAGGAGGCCCAAACACGGUGAUAGUCCUGAGUCUGUGGGCUCACUUUACGGCAGAGCCGCUAGAACUGAUCCGGACAAGACUGUACGCCAUACGGGCAGCCAUACACCGUCUGAAGCGCAGGGCUCCCGGCACGCGGGUUUUCGUGAGGACUGGGACGACACGAGAGCACAAAGGAGGGAGGUUGGAGUUCUACUUGACUGGGAGCGACUGGCUGGCUUACCAGAUCACGGAGGUGAUACGAGAGAUGUUCCGGGCGGAUUCAGACGUGGUUGUGUUGGACACGUGGGACAUGAGCGUGUGUCAGCCGGGAAAAGACAACGUGCACCCAGAUCUAACCAUGGUGGACAGUCAACUCAACAUGCUGCUUUCUCAUAUCUGCCCAGACUAAACGGGUUCAAAGGCAGAUAAAAAAGUGAUUUAAACAAGACGAUCAGAGCUGGCAAACUUCACACCCUUUGUGUAAUACUGUACCUUUGUGCAAAACUUUGUUUUGUUUGAUAAUUUGGUGUUGUUAAACGUUAACUUUCUCAUGAGUACUAUGUAAGUAAGGGUAUACAAUUACUUUGAUAGACAAAUACUUUUGUCAAAU